CAGAGAAGAGCAAAUUUUGACAUCGAUCAAUAAGAAAAGUUAAAGUUCUCAAAAAACGCAGGGAAAAAAAAAAGAAAAGUUGAGAAGAAAUGGGAGAUGUUGUUUUGUUUGUAGACGAUUUAUCAUCAAAUUCUUCAGUUUCACACUGUAGAAUUUGCCAUGAAGAAGAGUUUGAAAGCUUUAAGAGCUUGGAAGCUCCUUGUGCUUGUUCUGGCACUGUUAAGUUUGCUCACAGAGAUUGCAUACAGAGGUGGUGUAAUGAGAAGGGAAACACAACUUGUGAAAUUUGUCUGCAGGAAUAUGUACCAGGAUAUACAGUCACAGCACCAUCAAAGAAGUCUCAGUUGAUUGAAGCUGCAGUAACCAUCAGAGAUAGCCUGCAAAUCCCAAGAAGAGAGCUUGAACCACAGCACCAAAGAUUAGUGGCCUUAGCUGAAGGAAUGAACAUGGAAAAUGAGUUCUCUCAGUGUACUUCUGCCGCUGACAGAGGCGCCUCUUGCUGCCGAUCACUGGCCCUCACUUUUACUGUGGUGUUGCUCGUUAAACAUCUCUUCGCUGUGCUGAAUGGCGAAACAGAUCAUUACCCAUUUGCAAUCCUUACAUUAAUCUUUUUUAGAGCUACUGGAAUUUUACUUCCAAUGUACAUAUUGCUUCGGACAAUUACAGCUAUUGGAAACAGCAUUCGACGACAACAUCGUGAUUCUGACGAAGAAACCUCCAACUCUGAUGAUGAAGACGAUGUUGAGCAGCAGCAACUUCACACUGUCUGACUAACUGUAUUCUCUCCGAUUACUUCCCCUUUGUCAUAUGAGCAUUACAUUGCUGCUCAACUUGUGCAAAUUCCCCCCUUUUUUUUUAAAUUAAUAGAAAAUAUCGUAAAAUAUUGAGUACAGAAUGAUGGUCCGUAUCUUAAAGAAUCCUUGACCUAUGUUAAAGUGAAGUCAAGGAGAUAAUAGAAGUACCCUCAAAAGUGUUAAAACUAUUUGCAUUCCGUGUGAGGCUGAUCAAUUCUCGAAAAUAAGCUACCAUCUUAUCAUGACAACUUUUAUUAGGAUUUAGGCCCACUUUUGAAACAGAGUAAAUUGAUUGAAAGAGUUUCCUGAACUCAAAUUUUAUUUGAUAUGAUUUUUUGUGCGACAAGUAUUCAU